AUGGAGUCAAUAUCGAGCAGGAAAGAUCUCGAGCAACAGCAACAGGCUGAGAUUCACAAACAGAUUGCGAUUUUGCAAGCACAGCUCACCAAAUCUUCCACAUCAUAUCCUACACGCACCCCGCCAGAGCGGAAAGAAAGACCGGAGUCUGACGUGCUAGUUCCUGCAUCGCCAUCUCCAAAGAGGAAGAAGUCGAGCCAUCGUACAAGCUACGGUGAACGAGGCAGCAUGUCUGUGCGCUCUAUGAGUCAACAGUCGCGCUCAUCUCAGACACUCUCCUCCUCUCAAUCAUCCGUCGCUCGUAACGCAACGGCUCCGGCUCAGAAGCAGGUCCCAUCUACUGUGCUACAGAAGCUAGCCAAAGCACACUCCAGAAAGGACACGCAGCUCACUCCAGCUGCCAUCACUCGUUCCACCGCGUUCACAGAGAAGCCAGCUCCUCAGGACGACACCGUACCUCAAUCGAAUGCACAACAACGCGAUGACAGACUCGCACUCGUGGAGAAGCUAAUUCCAGGGCCAGUGGAACACAAGCCGCCAUUUGACGACCCGAAGUUUGAGAAGCUGGAGCCGUGUUCGGGAAUCCGUCUCUCCUCACGCUCCAUAUCCCACGAAGACUUUCAGGACUACCUGCGCGGGCGGUACUACCUCUCGCCCUCGAAGCUCUACUCGGUCGUCCGGCUGCUCCCAGACAAGCAGGGCUACGACGUGCCCGUAUGCGGGGACUGGCUGACGAUCGCCGUAGUCGCAGAGCGGGGCCAGAUCAAGCACACACAGGCACCCGUUGGCAUUGGGCGCGAGGACAAGCUCGAAGAUGAGGAGGCACAGGACAGCGUCGACAACUUGCUGCUGAACACCGACCGCACAAAACAACCCAGGGCCGGCAAGAGCAAACAGGAGCCGCCGAGAGCGAGCGGGAAGAAGUACGUGAACCUGAAGCUGGUCGACUUUGGUUGCCGCGAGAGCGCAUCGUCCGAAUCCGCAUCCAAGGCCAUCCGCGGGGACGCGAUGCUGUCCCUGCUGCUGUUCGAGUCGGAUAGCUACGAUGUCAUCACGAUGAAGGAUGGAAGAAAGGAGAAGGUGUACAAGGGAGGGAGCAAAGGCGCGUUCGAGAAGAUGUCGACGCUCAGAGAGGGCGCGGUUGUCGCUUUGCUGAACCCGAGGAUACUGAAGCCAUUCCAGCGCUCAUCAGACGCACCGCAUCCUACAGAUAAUAUCCUCGCGCUCACUCCAGAGUCGAUCUUCUCGGUCGCUGUCAUCGGCUACUCUCAGGACCUGGGCAUGUGCACCGCGAUCAAGCGCGACGGCAAGCCCUGCGGGAGCUGGUGCGACAGGCGGAUAGCGGACAUCUGCGAGUAUCACAUCCAGCAUGCCGUCGAAAGGAAACGGGCAGCCAGGCCGGAAUUCUCGAACGGCACCUCAGGGAUGUCCACGGGUGCGAAACGUAGCAAACCCGCGUACGACCCCGCGCGACAGUGGGGCCUUAAGCCGCCAGACAACGAUGGCGCGACCUACGUGGUCUCGGGCCACAUCGUCUCCGGUGCGAACGAUGCAAAGUCGCUGUUCAUAUCCGAGUCGCUGGGGCGCGACGCGCAGGCAAAGGCAUCUCGGAGGGGAUCAGCCAAGGCUGCGGAUGAGGCACUCCAGAAGCUGUUGAAGCGGGACAGGGAGGGCACGAAGGCUCUUGUCACCGCGCGCGAGUUCGGGAAGCGCGCGUCGAAGGAGGAGAAGGGCAAGGCUGUGCCGGGAAAAAGGAAGCGGGAAAUCGAUGAGAAUGAGAGUGGGACCACAGGAAUGGAUGGCGAACGGGGCAGCGCCGACGAGGAGGAGCCACGGAAGAAGAGAAAGACUGCGUAUUCGGCGCAGAUGAUAAAGCGGCUUGGGUUCGAUCCGACUGCGAAAGAUGGACGGAGAGCGGCAGACGACGAGGUUCAAAGCAAGCUGGCGGUGCUGGCAGCGUUGCAGACAUCCAGGCGGCAGAUCCAUCUUGGACCUCACCCGGGGAAGAAGAACAGCUGCGUCCAGCGUCCCGCCUCCUCAGUUCACAAGUCCGAGCCAAAAGUACAGGAGCGGAAGGUGCUCGGCAAGGUACUGGACUCGUCUCCUGCAUUUGUAGAUUUGGAUAGUAGUGAUGCGGAACUCUGA